AAGGCAGACCUGAUUCUGUUAAAUGCGUUACUCGUGUCAUGCACCCACCUAGGCUGUAAUCCCACCCACCGCAGUAGGCUCAUGUAUCUUUAGCGCGACAAACUGCUGCCUGCUCAUUUCAACGCGCUGAUGCACAGCGCAGCACUACCAGACAACAGCAUUAUGUCCCCGGGACAGACAUGCGUGCGUUCUCUGUGCCUCUUUCCGCUGCUGUUCCUUCUGUCCGGCGCGGGACUGCGGUGUCUUGCGGCCCGUCCCUUGCUUGUUUUCCUCAUUGAUGGAUUCCGCUAUGAUUACAUGGAUGACCUGGACAAGCUGCCCGGAUUUCGUGAGCUUGUGGACAAUGGAGUGAAGGCGGACUACGUGACGCCUGACUUCCCGAGUUUAUCAUACCCUAAUUACUACUCAUUAAUGACAGGCCGUCACUGUGGCACUCAUCAGUUUACUGGAAACUUCAUGUGGGAUGAAACCUCCAAGAAGGAAUUUCUGAUUGGGGCCAAUGCCGACAGCCGGUUGCCUCUAUGGUGGGAUGGAUCAGAGCCAUUAUGGGUCACCCUACAGAAGCUGGGGAAGAAGGUUUUCAUGUACUACUGGCCUGGCUGUGAGGUGAAAAUAUUGGGUGUCUCUCCGUCAUUCUGUGAAGAAUAUGUCUCCGACCCAUCAGAGAAAAGCUUCACAGACUCUAUAGUGAAUGCUCUCAACGUCCUUAGGUCUGGCCAAGCAGACAUGGCAGCUAUAUAUUAUGAGAACAUAGAUGUGCAGGGCCACCACUAUGGUCCAGGCUCUCCUCAGAUCAGAUCAGCUGUGCAGAAACUGGAUCUCGCCAUGCAGACACUCAACAGUAAAAUAAAAGAGAAGGACAUGGUGGGCCAGCUGAACAUUAUGCUAUUUUCAGACCAUGGUAUGACAAAGAUUGAGUGGAUGGAGAAGGUCAUAGAACUGGAAGAUUAUAUCAAUAUGUCGAACAUUGUCAAGAUGAUGGACAGAGGAGCGGUGGUCAGUCUGUGGCCCAGUGAUAACAAAUACCAAGAGGUGUAUGCUGCAUUAUCUCGGGUCCCUAACAUGCGUGUCUACACGAGACAGAAGAUCCCUAAUCGUUUCUAUUAUAAAGAAGGAAAGUUUGUUUCCCCCCUCACUCUGGUGGCUGAGCCAGGCUGGUUUAUCAUUCAGAACAAGGCGAACCUCCCAUACUGGAAAAAUGACUCUGGGGAGCCCUUAGCUUGGCAAAACGGCUGGCAUGGCUAUGACAACGAGUUCAUCGACAUGAGAGGGUUUUUUUUGGCAACAGGACCUGACUUCAAGCGUAAUCUUCGGACAGCUCCAAUUCGAUCAGUUGACAUCUAUAACCUGAUGUGCUGGACUUUGGGAGUGCAACCUUUGCCCAAUAAUGGGUCUUGGUCUCGGGUAGAGUACCUCCUGAACAGCUCUGCUGGUCUGUCCCAGCUCACAACCCUCUGGACCUGUUGUAUGGGUUUGUUAAGUGUAUUGCUGGCACAAUGGGACUAAAACAUUAAACUGUUCAGUGUUGAUGGCAUUUGAUAGUAACUGGAGAUGAUCUUCUAGAAGGAGUUAGAAGAUUAACUAAUUUAGAGGUUAAUGCAUCCAAAAGAAACAGAAAAGAAAAGAAAACAGGCAUGAAACACUCCUUGUAGUGGUUAGAGCAUUCUUAAAGUGGCCAUGGCAUGCUCAUUUUGCUCAUUUCCAGGCAUUUAAUGUUUGAUCUUAGGUACCUCUAGAUUAUCUUUGCACUCGUCAUAACUCCAAACAGUCUAUAAUUAUUUCAGAACGAUAACACCCAGAGAUCCUCUUCCUAAAAACAAGAGGAUAGUUCAUGAAGAUGCACACCUCCUGUUGCCAGUGUUGUGUCAAAUGUGGACAGUACAAAGAACCACGACAGCAUUAAUUCAUUUGAAUUUCUCCUCCAUAGAUAGGUAAACAAAAGAGAUGUGUAACACUCUAAACAAAGC